UGCAUCUAUACAUUCGACCUCUUCUGUCGUCCAUCGCACGAGGACACGAUGCUCUCUAUUGCCGUCGUCACUGGAGCGGCCGGAGGUCUCGGUCGAGCGAUCUCACUGGAGCUGAGCAAAAAAUACCACGUCGCUCUGCUGGAUCUCGAGCAAUCUCGCUUGGAUAUCGUGGCUGAAGAGAUCGGUAAGGACAAGACGAGUACGUGGAUCUGCGAUAUUACAUGUCCAGAACAAGUUGAGCGAGUCUCCAAGGAGAUAAUUGAGCUUGGACGUGUCAAAUGUCUGGUCAAUAAUGCUGGACACGCGGACAAGGAUACCCUACACGAGACGACUCCUUCUAGCUGGCGAUCCGAGGUGGCUUUGAAUCUGGACGCCUCCUUCACGGUCUUUCAUUCGUUCGAGUCUUCUUUCAGGGAUCAUCCGACAGACGUCAAUAUCAUCAAUAUCGCCUCUGUCAAUGGUGUCAUGAGCUGUGUCGGCAAUCCAGCUUAUAGCGCCGCAAAAGCUGGUCUGAUAUCCCUCACAAAGAGCAUGGCGAUUGAAUUGGGAGGACUAGGCAUCAGAGCAAACGCAAUCUUACCUGGGACAGUCAUCACGGGUGCAUGGACAGAGAGACUCAAGGUCAACCCGAAAGCCAUGGACGACAUUAUCAAAUGGUACCCUUUAAAGAGGAGGAUCGUCCCGGAGGAUAUCGCCAAAGCAGUGGCUUUCUUGGACACUUCACCCGCCAUCACCGGGAUUUGUCUGCCUGUCGACGCGGGCUUGACAGCUGGAUCGACCCCGAUAGCGGCUGCCAUCACGCACAGUCCGUUGUUCGACGCCUGAAAGGGUCGUGUCUGUGAGCAAGCAGCAAUGAGAGGCCUCAGUCGGUUUGCUGGAUAAUCUCUGGAUCGCGUUCGAAUCCGAGCCAGGAUCAAACGGAAGUCUGCACUGUUGAUACAGAGUACUUAUCGUGGACGAGCACGACGAGAUGACAUCUGACGACGACGUCUCAUUCGUCAAACGUGUGUCGACUACAGUUUGCAAGCACACAGUCCCAUCAAUUAA